AUGCGUGUAUUUUUGGUUCUGUGCUCCGUCAUCUCAGCGACAUACGCAGCCAGUCUCGGCUACAACUAUGGUCCAGCGCUUGGUGGUGGAUUAAGCGGUGGCCAAACUAUCGGCCCAAGCUACGGUGGUCAAGCUCUGGGUGGCCCGAGCUAUGGCGGUCAAGCUCUAGGCGGUCCGAGUUAUGGUGCUCCCAGUUAUGGUGGUCCCAGUUAUGGCGGACAAGCACUAGGUGGUCCCAGCUUUGGCGGCUUUGCUCCUGCUGCCCCAAGCUACAGUGCUCCUGCUCCCGCUUCCGUUGAGGUUAACAAGGAAUUCUACACCUACACAGCACCCGAGCAUGAAUUCAGUGAUAUCGGCAAUGCCGGUGACAUCGCUAACGCCUUGAAGAAAAACUUGCGUGUUAUCUUCAUUAAGGGACCUGAAAACUCUGGACUCGAGAAUGCUGCCGUACAAUUGGCUAAAUUGGCUGGAGAAGAGCGUACCGCCAUCUACGUACUCAACAAACAAGCUGACAUCGGCGAUUUGGCUAACAAACUCAACUCGCUCAACAAUCAACACGCCCACAAACCCGAAGUACACUUCGUCAAGUACCGUACCCCAGCCGAUGCUGAGAAUGCCAAGCAAGCUAUUCAAUCUCAGUAUGAUGGUUUGGGCGGUAAUACUAGCCGUUACAAUGGCGGUGUUGCACCAGUGUUGGACUUCGCCUCAAAGGCACCCGCACCAGUCGGUAGCAUAGAGAACACCUACUUGCCACCAAACUAA